CUUCAUAUAAAUUUGACGUUUGUACGACUACUGCACUAUCGACAUUGUUGCUAAAAAUUUCGCGGCUACGUUUAUUAGUUUUUAGGCUUCUUUUGGUUUAUAAACAAAAAAUGGCAACAAAACCCGACAAAACAAAAUUAAAGGUUUGCCAAUAUGGUGAAAAUUGUUAUAGGAAAAAUCCCAUACAUUUUAGUGAAUAUUCGCAUCCACAUUUGGAUAAAAUAUACGAAAAGGGCAUAAAUCCGCAAACUAAGAAGUAUGACAUACCAGACGAGUACGAUAUGUCAUCAGAUAUUAUAGUUUUACAACUGAAGCUGUUGGAAAAAGUAUUUCCGAAGGCUGAGAAGAAACAAACCAAAACUACCACAACUCAAAACACUACACAAAGCCAGAACGGUGGUUACAGAUUGGGUAGUACCAAAGAGAGCGAAACGGUGACUGUUACUAAACAGGAUGAAGUUGAACGAGUGGAGCGUAAUAAAUCGCCAGUGCCAAGUACUUCAUCAGCAGCAGUUAAACAAGAUAAUUCCAAUUUACGAAAAAAGCCAAGAAUCGAUCGUAACAUUAAGGAUUACAUAGCCGUUGUGUUGGAGAAAGGAAAAAUGGCUGAAAAGCUAGAGAAGUCAGCUCCCUAUAAUUUUUUCCUUACUGCCAUUACCGACUGCAAACAGACUCAUCAUGAACCAUUGACAGUAACGCUACAAGAAAUCUUUGAUGAAAGUCUCGGUGAAGUUGAGUCAACUGCCCAGAUAAAUUUUAUGGUUGAUAUUGGUUGGCUUCUUGGUCAUUAUUAUUUUGCUGGUAUAUUAGAUAAACCAUUGCUUGUUUUAUAUGGUGAUGAUAUGCCUGAAUUAGCUACUAUUUCCAAACAUAAACCACAAAUUACUGCUAUUAAAGUAAAUAUGCCAACACCUUUUGCAACUUCACAUACAAAAAUGAUGCUCAUAGGUUAUAAGGAUGGUUCAAUGCGUGUGGUUAUCUCUACAGCGAAUUUGUACGAAGAUGAUUGGAAUAAUCGUACACAAGGUAUUUGGAUUAGUCCAAAAUUAGACCCAUUACCUGAAGACGCUGAUACAGUUGCUGGUGAAAGUCCUACAAAAUUUCGACAAGAUUUAUUGUUAUAUUUGGUGGAGUAUAAAAUUGCUGCACUCCAACCAUGGAUUAAUCGUAUACGUCGCACUGAUUUCGGUGCUAUUAAUGUUUUCCUUGUUUGUUCUGUACCUGGAGGCUUUUUCGAAGGACCACGUGGUCAUCCUUGGGGACAUGCGCGGCUUAAUAGCCUUCUGAAGCAACAUGCCACUAAAAUAAACUAUAAAAUACCAGUGAUAUGUCAAAGUUCUAGCAUAGGCAGCUUAGGCGCCAAUGUACAGGCGUGGAUACAACAUGAUUUUCUUAAUAGUUUGCGCAAAGACUCAGAGUCUACUGGUUUACAACAAAUACCACCAUUCAAAAUGAUAUAUCCGAGUUAUGGUAAUGUGAGUAAUAGUCACGAUGGCAUGUUAGGUGGUGGCUGCUUACCUUAUAGUAAAAACACAAAUGAUAAACAACCUUGGUUACGCGAGUACUUGCAUCAGUGGCGUUCAAAUGCGCGUUAUCGUACACAUGCCAUGCCACACAUCAAAUCCUACACUCGUGUAAAUCUUGAAGAGGAAGAAAUUUAUUGGUUUGUGUUAACCUCAGCCAAUCUAUCAAAAGCUGCUUGGGGCUCCUUCAACAAAAAUGUUAAACUACAGCCUUGCUUGCGCAUAGCAAACUAUGAAGCCGGUGUGCUGUUCUUGCCCAGAUUUGUGACUGGCGAAGAAACAUUUCCACUGGGCAAAAUACGUGAUGGCAUACCACCAUUCCCACUACCGUACGAUGUACCAUUAACGCCUUAUGCGCCAGACGAUAAACCUUUUCUAAUGGAUUAUUUACAUUAAACAAAAUUGUUAUUUGUGCCGUAAAGUUUGUUUAGUUUUAUAUUUCAUGGCUUUUUGUUUAAAUUUAAGUCGUUGUAUUAUGAAAUAAUUGCGGUUUUGUUACGAAGAAUAUUUUAAUAACCCAUGUUUUGU